CUGCUUACACAUCGCAUUAGCGUUCCUCAACCCCACCAUCGAUGACGUACCUAGGUAGCCGACUUCGACCGCCACCAGAAAGGACGGCGUCUUUUCGGACGGAACUAAUAAGCCGCCGUUCUCCAAUCAUGCGCGCUGGAGACGACAUCGAUGCCCGUUAUUCUCGGCCGACGGUUCCUGGCUUACUCAACCCAGGGCAUUGGUGCCGUCAUUAUCCUGCCAUAGUCGUCGCGCCCCUCGCUCCGCUCGUUCGACUCCGACUUUUCCUCAAAGCCGAUCAGCCUCUAAUUGUUGAUACCUGGGGUGUGAUCGCCGCUGGGAAUUGGUUUUCGGAUUUCGUGCUUUCGCUAGUUGCUAACCCGGCUGUUUGGGCGGACGGCAAGCUUCUGCUAGAGGACCCGUUGUGUUCCACACCACCAUUGUUCUUCGAUAGCAGCGUUGAACCACGCGGCCGCUAUGGAGGAAGAAGACUAUGACAUUUUACGAAACGAAGCCGAUGCAGACCCCCGGAGAUAUUCACAAUGGGAUACAGCAGAGCAAUUUCACCGCCAGUAUCAGGAAAGGCACAGCCAUGAUCCGAGCUAUGAAGAGCGAAUUCGAACCCAAUCCAACCCACAAGUAGAAGAAGAGACCACAUCGCAACGCAAAGAAGCCGAAGCGCCGCUUUCGCGACAGACCAGUUCAUCCUCGUCAUCCGGUUCCUCUACGUCUACCGACUUACGGCCACACUCACCACAACUGCAAGAGAUACGGACACAGACUACAGCACCGCGAACGAACAGAGGGCGCACUGCUUCUACGACAGGGUCUCUAUAUCGGCAUCCCACAGAACGUAAUCCCGAGGCCAUCAGCCGCAUUGAGACACACCGCUCCCAACAUGCGCAGACAGUCGGUGAGAGAGCCAUCCAGUCCCGCUUGACCCAAACCCUCAGUCGGCGCAAAACGCAAAGGCCGCUCCCACCGAUGGGCGCCGGGAAGCCGUAUCCGCCAGAUCUUCCUGAACGAGAAGAGUACGUUGUUGAGUACGACAGCGCAGAUGACCCUCUGCAUGCACAGAAUUGGCCGAUGAAGAAGAAGUUGGGCAUAGGGGCGAUCCUUGCCUUUGAUGCGAUAAGUGCGACGAUGGGGAGCAGUAUCUUUAGUAGCGCCACUCGGCCCGUGGCGCAGGAGUUUGGGGUCGCGGCGGAGGUGGCUACGCUAGGCACGAGUUUCUUCGUUUUUGGAUAUGCGUUUGGCCCGCUACUCUGGGCUCCCUACUCCGAAUUGUAUGGUCGGAAACCGCCUCUCAUCGUCUCCGCCUUUGGCUUCUCCGUUUUCAGCGUCGCGGUCGCGGUGGGAAAGGAUCUCCAGACUGUUCUCAUAUGUCGCUUCUUCGCCGGUCUCUUCGGUUCAUGUCCACUUGCGGUCGUCGCCGCCGUCUUCGCGGAUAUGUUUAACAACAAGCUGCGUGGCUUGGCCGUCGCCGUCUUCUCUGCCACUGUCUUCAUGGGACCUUUGCUCGCGCCCUUCAUAGGCGGCUUCAUAACAAUAAGCUACCUCGGAUGGCGCUGGACGGAGUACAUUUCGUCGAUCAUGGGCUGGACGUCCUUCGUGCUGCUCUUGCUGUUCCUCGAGGAAACUUAUCCGCCGGUCGUGCUUGUGAGCAAGGCUGCGGAACUCAGGAGACGCACGAAGAAUUGGGGCAUCCACGCCAAGCAGGAAGAGAUCGAGGUCGACUUUCAAGAGCUGAUUAUUCGGAACGUGAGCCGGCCUAUGCGCAUGCUUUUCACGGAGCCGAUCAUUUUGCUCAUCACGAUUUACAUGUCGUUUAUCUACGGUCUUCUCUACCUCUUCCUCACGGCCUACGCCCUCGUCUUCGAAGGCCAAUAUGGCUGGAACGCGGGCGUAUCCGGCCUAGCGUAUUUCGGUAUGAUUAUGGGUGAGCUGAUCGCUUUCGUGGUCAUCUUCUUCGAUAACCCGCGCUACGUGAGGAAGCUGGAGGCGAAUAACAACAUUCCGGUUCCCGAAUGGCGGCUGCCGAUCGCGAUGGUAGGCGGGGUGUUAUUCUCCGCCGGUCUCUUCUGGUUUGGCUGGACGGGCUAUACAGGGCGCGUGCACUGGAUCGUCCCCGUGCUCUCAGGCCUCUUCACCGGCUUCGGCAUCUUCUCCAUCUUCCUCUCGCUGCUAAACUACAUCGUCGACGCGUACCUCAUGUUCGCCGCCUCCGCCAUCGCAGCAAACACCUUCAUGCGCUCUCUUUUCGGCGGCGUUUUCCCGCUCUUCGCCACGUACAUGUUCGACGGCAUGGGCAUCCAAUGGGCGUCUACAUUACUCGGCUGCGUCGCCUUCAUCUGCAUCCCCAUGCCCAUCGCCUUCUACCUCUUCGGCAAGAAGAUCCGCGCUAAGUCCACGUUCGCGCCUGCGCCGGAUAUCGAGCAGGAUAAGCGGAGGGACGAGGAGGCUAGGGUGGCGGGGAGUGAGGGCGAGGUGGCGAGCCAGGGGAGUGAGGAGAAGGAGAGGACGGAGUGAGGGUGGGGAGUCAACGGAUGCCGAGGGCUGUGGUAACCCCAAGGGAUUGGUUUGGGAAAGUGGAAUUGUGGGGAUCAAUAAUGUGUGGAUGGAGUGCGGAAAUGCUUGCGAAUAGUUGAUAUGAUGGUCUAACUGUGGUUUUCGCAAAAUGCCUGGAACUCCCCAGUUUCCAAGUAUUGCACUACCGUACAUAAGUCCUUCAGUGCGCCUCACAGAUCACUAUGCGGACGAGAGUAGUGAAGAGAGCAGCUUUUCGAUAUACGCAACACU